CAUAUACAUAUAUCCCUCCUUUAAUUUCCUCCCUUUUUUUUUUUUGUUAGAAGCUUAUUUAAACAUGUCUCAACAAAUUGGAAGUAAUGAUCAUAAUCUUUCUUUAGACUCACUAGAGCCUACUAGUACUGUUACAAAUAAUACUAAUCGCUUACCAUUAAGAAAACGCAUCAGUCCUAUAUUAAAAUGGCAACCUGUAGAAACUCCUGAAGAACAUAAUAAACCAAAAACAUACCCUCAAACAUACCCUUUACAACAACAAGAUAUUAUAAAAACUGAUACUAAUAAACAAACAUACAACGAAAUAAAGCAUUUUAAUGAAAAAAGAACAGUUGAAAAAGAAGAAUUAAAUCAACCUGUGAAGAAAAUAAAAAGAGGCAGACCCCCUUUACAAAAAAAUAGUUCAACAGAUACUAAAUCAGAUGUAAAUGAACCAUUACCCAAUGUAAUGUCAACAGAGCCAUCAACGAAACUCUAUUGUAUAUGUAAAAGGCCGUAUGAUGUACCAAGGUUUAUGAUUGCUUGUGACAAAUGUAACGAAUGGUUUCAUGGCGAAUGUAUACAGAUUAGUGAGAAGCAAGGCGAAUUCAUUGAUCUUUAUUUCUGUGAUAAUUGUUCUAAAAUCACAGGAAAGAAAACUUCAUGGAAACCUAAAUGUGCUAAUCCUGCUUGUUCGAAAGCAGCAAGGAUUGGUACACAUCAAGGACAUUUAAGUAAAUAUUGUACAGAUAAUUGUGGAAUGCAAGUUGCUCGUGCCCGUAUUGAACUUGCUGAAUUAAAAAAGCGUAAUGCAACCAUGAGUCUAAAUAAACAACAUUAUAAUCCACUUUCAAGAAGUAAACUAAGUAGUUUUGCUGAGUUGGAUGAUAGAGCAAGAUUAUGUAGAGUGAAAGAAGAAAAGAUACAUGCUAAAGAUAUUAUUCAAAUGGUCGAACAAAAAUCCAAAUUAUUAAAUAUGUUAAUACAAAAGGAAGAUAACAACACGCUAUGUGGGUUUGAUUCCAGAUUAUCUUGGCCUGAUACAUUAUGGGAAAAGGUUCAUUAUGUGAUAGAAAAAGAUGAAGUCAUAAGUUUAUUAGACGAAAAUGAACAGCCCUUAACUACGGCAAAGGUGUUUCAUGUUUGUCAACAAAAUAGAAAGAGCUGUAAUAGGCACACAAAUUGGCAAAAAUUAAAAACUGCUGAGCUUGAACAAGAAAGAUCGGAACAAUUUGUUAUCUUGACUAUGCUUGAAAGGGAAAGGCAACAGAUUAAAGCCCGUAUGAAGAAACGACGUGAAGAAGUUGACUUGGUAGAAUUUCUUGAAAAUGGAACAAUUACUCAUUAUUAAAGAAAAUUUGUAUGUUUCAUUCCAAGCUAUUAAAAUGUAUAUAAUAAAUCUAUUUUAAAUAAAUAACAACCAUUUUAAUUUAAUAGCGAGAACAGGAUUUGUUACUAUUUAAUAAAAGCGAAAUGCUCUUUGUUACUUUCUCGAAAAUCAAAUAAAAAAAACACGAAUAUCCCUUAAAGUAGCCUUUUUUUUUUCUUUUUUG